CAACGACAGUCAAUCAAUCUCUACCAAGAGCCUUGGCACUUCAAGCUGCACCACACUUCUUGCAUGAGAUUUAUCCCCAAACCCUCAAAACUCCAAACUCCAACUCCAAUAAUCCAUCUACUGUAUUUCAGUGGCUGUGGUGCUGCCUCCCUCUUCGAUAUAUUAUAUUCCCACUGGCUAAGACAAAACGCCACAAAGCACAAUUAUUCCUUCCCACUUUGCACUGACUCCAGAAGCUGAGUUUCAUAAGCUAGCCGCCUUCACUGACCUCCGACCAGCCCCAAAUGAUAUGAACUGAAUGCAAAGAUUGCUGUCUGACCUUACAAUCUUGAAAUUUUGGGGGGCAUAAUUUGAACAACAUCCAUUUCACUAUGUCGCCCAGGGCCUUGGACUAUGAAUCACUAAAUGAAAAUGUGAAGAAGGUUCAAUAUGCUGUUCGAGGCGAGCUGUAUCUUCGAGCUUCUGAGCUUCAGAAGGAAGGGAAGAAGAUUAUUUUCACAAAUGUAGGCAACCCUCAUGCCCUAGGACAGAGGCCAUUGACUUUUCCCCGUCAGGUGGUUGCUCUAUGCCAAGCCCCAUUUCUGUUGGAUGACCCUAACGUGGGACUCAUAUUCCCAGCUGAUGCCAUUGCAAGAGCUAAACAUUAUCUUGCAUUGACCACAGGAGGUCUAGGUGCUUACAGUGACUCAAGAGGCCUUCCUGGAGUCAGGAAGGAAGUGGCAGACUUCAUUGGACGUCGCGAUGGGUAUCCAAGUGAUCCAGAACUUAUAUUUCUCACCGAUGGUGCCAGCAAGGGAGUUAUGCAGAUGUUGAACGCUAUUAUCCGUGGUGGACAGGAUGGGAUUUUAGUUCCAGUUCCACAAUAUCCACUUUACUCUGCUGCAAUAUCUUUAUUUGGUGGUUCUCUUGUUCCAUAUUUCCUGGAAGAGACAGCAAACUGGGGUCUUGAUAUUAAUAAUCUUAGAGAGUCAGUUGCACAGGCUCGUUCUAAAGGAAUAACUGUUCGAGCAAUGGUGAUUAUCAACCCUGGAAAUCCUACUGGACAGUGUCUUAGCGAAGCAAAUCUGAAAGAAAUAUUGUGGUUCUGUUACCGAGAAAAUCUAGUCUUGCUUGGUGAUGAAGUCUAUCAGCAGAACAUUUACCAAGAUGAGCGCCCCUUUUUAAGUGCAAGGAAGGUCCUGUUAGACCUGGGACUGCCUAUAAGCAAGGAGUUGCAGCUUGUAUCUUUUCACACGGUCUCAAAAGGGUAUUGGGGUGAAUGUGGACAGCGGGGCGGUUACUUUGAGAUGAUUAACAUACCUCCAAGGACUGUUGAUGAAAUCUAUAAAGUUGCAUCAAUAUCACUCAGUCCAAAUGUUCCGGCACAGAUAUUUUUAGGACUAAUGGUCAAUCCACCAAAGCCAGGAGAUAUCUCCUAUGAGCAAUUUGUCAGAGAGAGCAAAGGUAUUAUUGAGUCACUGAGAAGGAGAGCUCACAUUAUGACUGAUGGGUUCAACAGCUGCAGAAAUGUCAUUUGUAAUUUUACAGAAGGGGCCAUGUACUCCUUCCCACAAAUACGCUUGCCUCCAAGAGCAAUAGAGGCUGCGAAAAGGGCUGGAAAGGUUCCUGAUGUUUUCUAUUGUCUCAAGCUCUUGGAAGCCACUGGCAUUUCCACUGUCCCAGGUUCAGGAUUUGGACAAAAAGAAGGGGUCUUCCACCUGAGGACAACCAUCUUGCCAGCUGAGGAAGAAAUGCCUGAAAUUAUGGCCAGUUUCAAGAAGUUCAAUGAUGAGUUCAUGGAACAAUAUGAAGACCACAGAGGCUAUUCCAGGAUGUAAAAAAAGUGCCUUGGUUUCUAAUCUGUAGAACUCUCUUAAGUUGGUGCUGUCUAAGUGUACACCUCUGGAUCAGUCUCUAUUCUUCUUCUUCUUCUUUUUCCAUACAAUUUGGGGAUAUACAUCUCUUUCUGUUGAAAAUUACAGCUUAUCUUCGCCAUUUUUGUAUCUCCAUAUGGAAUAGUGGUUCUAAUGUUCAGAAUAUGGCUUCCACGCUGGAAGUAGUAGUUGGUAA